CCUCACCGUCGGUCUCACUUCUCACGAAACAUCCUUAGCGUUCGGUUGUGUGUCCGUGCGUCUCCGGCCAUUUUUGUCCCAAGCAAGUAAGCCACACCAAGGCAAAGCAAAGCACAGUGUUCAGUUCACUCCUGCGGCUAGUCGGGUAGAGGUCACAGUCGUCAAAUCCAAGCGUAGCGGCAGUGUGUCCAGUCCGUUUUUGUUUGUUACGUGUACGCAUCUCACCUCGCAAGCAGAACCCGCGCCGUAUUCAUCCCCGCGGCAGCGCUCACUCGAGAAAGCAACAGAAUUAAAAAAAAAGUAAUCUCAAACCGGUAAGGGAUCAUCUCGGUUCCUUUGUUCCCCGCGCGGCCAGCCAGUGUGUGCGUCACUCGAGAGUGCGUGUUCUCGUUCUGUGUGCGCGUGUGUGUGUUUAGUCUCCGGUGGAGAAGGCCUGGAAAAUUUGUAGUGCGAAGGAAUUCAGCUUGGAAACAGUGCUAAAAAGCCAAUGCAAUUGUGAUCACCAGUGUGUGUGUGUGUGUUAGAAGCUUGGAAAGAUCCUCUCAACACAUCAGUGUGCACGUGUGUGUGUGUUUGUUUGAAGGUACUGAAAGGAAGAGUUCGCCCGUCCCCGUAUCCGUAGUUCGGAGCACAAAAAAAAAAACGCACCACAAAACAGGAAGAAAAGCUGCACAAGUGUCCAUCUUAUUUUGGACCUGGCCAUCUUGCUCUGAAGGUAUCCCACCCGCUCCCCUGUGCGCAGGAUAAAAAAGAACAGCCAAGCAAGCCCCCCCGGCCCACGCGUGUACCUUUUCGCUAAGCUCGCUUUCAACGCAUAAUCAGCAAGAUGACUGAAACCACAGAAGCACCAGUCGUUGCACAGACCGCCGAAACGAAGACCCCGUCGCCCACGAACGAGACGGCCGUCGUCACGCCGUCCGAGAACGGGCAUGCCGAGGGUGGAGAUGCCAAGACGGCAGUCGCCGGCGAAGAACAGACCAACGGCGGUGCGACCCCGGACGAGAAGGCGAAGGCCGAGGAGAAGAAGGAAGACCCACCGAAGGAGAUGCGCGCCGUCGUGCUGACCGGUUUCGGUGGUUUCAAGAACGUGAAGAUCCUGAAAAAGCCCGAACCGUCGCCCCAGGCCGGCGAGGUGCUGAUCCGCGUCAAGGCAUGUGGACUGAACUUCCAGGAUCUGAUGGUACGACUCGGUGCGAUCGAUUCGCCGCCAAAAACUCCUACCAUCCUCGGUUUCGAGUGUGCCGGCGAGAUUGAAGCCGUCGGUGAAGAGGUCGAAGGAUUCAAGGUUGGCGAUCGUGUGGUGGCCCUGCCAGAAUUCCGGGCCUGGUCCGAGCUGGUGGCCGUCCCGACCAAGUACGUCUAUCACAUUCCGGACGAGAUGACAUUCCAGGACGCGGCCGCCAUCGUGAUGAACUAUCUGGUCGCCUACAUUCUUAUCUUCGAUCUGGUGUCGCUGCGCGAGGGCAAGUCGAUUCUGCUGCAUUCCGUCGGCGGUGGUGUGGGUCAAGCCAUCGUACAGCUGGCACGCACCGUGCCGAAUGUAACCAUUUUCGGUGUUUGCUCAAAGUCGAAGCACGAAGCACUCGAGGCAACCGGUCUGAUUGACCAUCUGAUCGAUCGUACCGACUAUGUCAACGAGGUCCGGAAGAUCACGACCGAAGGCGUUGACAUCGUGAUGGAUUGCCUGUGCGGUGAGGAAUGCAACCGCGGCUACGGGCUGCUGAAGCCGAUGGGCAAGUACAUCCUGUACGGCUCGUCGAACGUUGUCACCGGCGAGACGAAGAGCUUCUUCAGCGUUGCCCGUUCGUGGUGGCAGGUGGACAAGGUGUCGCCGAUCAAGCUGUUCGACGAGAACAAGAGCCUGGGCGGGUUCAACCUGCGCCAUCUGCUGUACCAGCAGGACGGGUCCGAGUACGUGCGCUCGACCGUGGACAAGAUCUUCGGGCUGUGGAAGGACGGCAAGGUGAGGCCGGUGGUCGAUUCGGCCUGGGCGCUCGAGGACGUGGCGGAAGCGAUGCAGAAGAUGCACGACCGCAAGAACAUCGGCAAGCUGGUGCUGGACCCGUCGAUGGAACCGAAGCCGAAGCCGGCCACGCCCGCCAAGAGCAAGUCGAAGAAGCAGGCCAGCGAGGACAAGGGCGGCAAGAAGGACAAGGAGGACGACAAGAAGUCGGCCGAGAAUGGGGGCGGCGACGAGAAGAAGGAGGGCGGCGAGGCGGCCGACGAAGCCAAGACGAACGGCGAGGAGGGCGGCGAGGCGGCCCACGUGAACGGGGACGGCGGGGCGGCAGAGCAGAAGGAGGAACCGGCCGCCGCCGCCGCCGCCGCUACCAAUGGCGAUGCGACGGAGAGUGAGAAGAAGGAAUCGAGUUGAACGGUUAGCGGCACCGCAGCCACACACUAGAAGCAUUGCAACAAAGCACAACAACUAUCCCAAAACCCGCUCCUCCAUCAUUGAACAAUUUUACUGUUUUUUUUUUACUUCCACAACACACACCCCUGAACACACACCACGCGUCCCUGUGUCACCAAACCAGGCUGCUGAUCGUGCGCGGGGAUCGCGCGUGCGUGCAUCUGUCGGUGUUUCGUGUGCCACAUUAAACAACAAACAAAACCCGCUCCUCCCUUCCCCACUUCGCCCCAGCUUCAUCAUCCCCACUGGAGGAAUUGCAAAGAUAAGAGGAAGAGCAGCAGCGCCGAGCAACUAUAAAUAUAUAUAUAUUAUAAAUAUAUCUAAUGGCAAGCAAGCAUACGAAAAGUCAUACGCGGCAACCGAAAUCAUCACCCCCGCUAACCACCUAAACCCCCCUCUCAACUGCAUCACACACUAUGAGAAGCUACUACACUACAGAAAGGCCCGCCACUAUAAUGAAACGUACACAGCAAGCAGUAACAGGACGGGGCGAACAAAACAAAUAACACAUACAUGCGAACAUAAUCAUAUGAAAAUAGGUGGGAAAUGUUGCUCGUUAAGUGGAAGAACAGCCUGAAACUAGAGAAGCCAACGUUAUGAAAAGAGGAAGUGGAGGGAAUGUUUAGAAAACUGGCCAGGUAUGCAACACGCUCAAACGAUCUAUGCCGAGCAAUCGCCGCAGGAAGAGAUCAUGCAAUUGGGUGGUUUGUGCGAACGUUGAUCUCAUCUCUCUUCAUUCGUUUUCUUUCCUUGUACUUGCAAGUAUCUUUGUUCUUUUUUUUAAAUUCCCCCAUUUUGCUGCUUACCGCUAAAGCCUAAACUAUAAACGACAACGUCAAGAUUUCAGCGUGUGUGGACAUCGAUAUUCCUUGGCAGGAACGAUUCAGAACGAUAAAUUUUCAGUGCGCGCGUGUGUGUGUGUGGCCUAAGAAGUAAUAGCGUCGAACCAGGGCAGGGUUGUAGGGAGCAAACGAAGCAAUGAAAUCAGAAUUGCGCACUAAAUGGACAUCUUCUCACACACAAGAGCACACAGCAACACACAAGACACACACCCUUACACACACACACACCCGAGCGCGGAUACGAUGAGGAGUAUAAUUAGGGGAUCGGGAUCGUUUCUUCCUUCUUUUUUUUUAAAUAUGUGUCAUUUUUUAUGUAAUAUUUAAAUAUCUAAUUGUAAUAUUUUUUUCAUAUUGUAUUGUUUGCGUCGCCGUCACGGAAAAGCUGCUGCCCAUAAUGUAUCAUCAUCCAGACCCUGCCUCCCUGUGUUAUGAUGAUGGUGCCUGCAGAGCAUAACUAAUCGAAAUUUAUUCAUUUUACGUUUUACCGGUAUCAUCAUCGGUUUCGUUUUUCCGUUUUUUAUGUAAUUAAUUACAGUAGGAGAGGUUACUUUCUUGCGCGCACUGAGGGUACGUGGGAAAGUAAAUUCCAACAAUUGUCUGCUAAAAUUAUAAAACACAAAAACGAUGAGAAAAAGAACGAAAAAAAAACACACAUAUAUGUUAGCCAUGAUUUGCUCGUUCGGUUCCGGGUUUUCGGGUGUCCUUGUGAACCGUUUGUUUUUCCCAAAUUAAUCAUCACCCCGAAGCGCGCGCUCCCCACAUAUAUGCAUUAUUGUUCUUGUUUAAAACUAUGGUUUUGUAGGUGUGUGUGUGAGUGUGUGUCAUGGGCAACAGGCGGUGUUGUGUUAUUGAGAACAAGAAAGGUACGCCCACAAUAAUGCACACAAAUGCAUCAUCGUCUGCAGGAAGCAUGUCAAAAGAGUAUAGUAAUUAUAUAAAAAUAUAAUGGGGGUGUGUGCUUUUUCGCAUUAUAUCGAUUUUUGUAUAAAUUAACGGAGGCCCCAGAGGAACGCGCGGAUAUAAUUAUUAUUUUUUACAUUUUUACACAAUUCGUCAUGUUUUGCGACAUAAAAUGGAGAUGAAAACAAAAAGUGGAUAAUAAUUGUAAAGCCUGAGAUUUAUAAAA